AUGGUUUUAGUUGAGUCUCUAUCCCCCGAUGAACCAAUAAGCAAAACGUAUUAUAAUCGAUCGUACAGUGCAGUGCUGACUUCAGAGAAAUUAUGCAACGAAGAAGAGCAGGAGGAAGCCGCACCCCCCAUCGAAGGAUCCGGUGAUGCGUCGUCUACUUACAUUAAACAUCCUCUGCAGCACACGUGGACGCUGUGGUACUACGAAAAUAAAAGAAGCAAGACUUGGGGCGAAAAUCAGCGAGAGAUAAGUAGUUUCGACACAAUAGAAGACUUUUGGAGCCUUUACAAUUACACAAAGUUUCCCAGCGAGUUGAAGCAGGGAUGCGACUAUUCGCUUUUCAAAUAUGGUAUCCGUCCCAUGUGGGAAGACCAGGCAAACCGAUGGGGAGGCAGAUGGAUUAUUAAUUUGGACCGUCCGUUUCGGGACUUUGAUGUCGAUAAGCUCUGGCUCGAAGUAUUGCUUUGCUUAAUUGGAGAAUCCUUUGACGAUUACGCCGACGAGAUAUGCGGCGCUGUUGUUAAUGUGAGGCCUCAAAAGGACAAGAUUGGACUGUGGACCUCCAACGCACGGAACACACAGGCUGUAACAUUCAUCGGCCGCAAAUUAAAAGAACGUUUGAACCUUGACAGAAAAAUUAUUAUUGGAUAUUACGUUCACAAAGACACAAUGCAACAUCCUUCUUCCCUGGCAAGAUGCUCUUUGACUCUUUGA